CGAGCCCAGUCAGUUGUUGUCGUUGAACAGUAAACGGUAACGUCUAAACUACAACCAACGGGCAGUUUUAUCAAUAAUUCUGGACAAAACCGAGAAAAUAAACCGUCAGAAGAACUCCGAUAGACAUGGAAGAAGCAGAGACCGUACCGAUACUCUCCAGAAAAGAGCUGCGUAAGCAGAAGCUGAUGGAAUACUUGGCUGGAAAGGGAAAGCUGAAACAGCCCAACCCUAAGCCAUAUCUACUGGACACCUAUGAGGUUAAGAAGCCUUUGACAUCUACAUUAAAGGUUGUUAAGGGAAAGGAGAACAAGACUCCAGCUGACAGAUUACAAUAUGAAGGCACAAAAAAUAAAUCUCUGGCUCCUCAACACCCUGCCAAGGGAAGAUUUGGUCUAACUUACAAAGUGAAUGAGAAAUCCAGCAUCCUGACUGGACGACAGAAUACAAAUACAAACCGUCCAUCAGCAACCUGUGCCCCAGCACAGCCAAAACUCAUUCAAAACUCUGGCAUGUACAGCGUGGUGCCCUCCAAAGCCAACUAUCUCAAAAGGCAGCCAAACACAGGGAUAUCCAAAUCCAACCAGAAUGCAACCAACAAUCUUAAAAAGAAGCAGAACACAGGAAUACCAUCUUCAGUCAGAGUCUCUUCAAAUGUAGUUCGUACAGCUGUUACAAAAUCAAAUGGCAGAUUCGGCAGGACCUCAAAUGCUGCCUGGUCAUGUCCAACAAAGACACUCAGUGACAGGAUGAGUCUCGGCCCCAUGGUCAAAACAAAAACGGGACUCAUUCCUGCAGUGACCCAUCCAAGAACUAAUCAAACUCCAAACCUAACACACACCUCUGCCACAUCAGCUGAUACGACCACUGCCACCGCACCUUCUGUAGCCAACAAGGUGCGAUCCAGCACCUCAUCAUCAGUUUCUGUUUCCCAUAAAUCAUCUGUGGCUCAGAGGAAAACACUACCUACCACUGCUCUAAAAAACCCUGUUGAGAGAUCAAGAACUGGAAUUAAAGUUCAACAUCAGAACAAGUGUAACUUGCCACAGCCACUUUUAGGUAAACAUUCGCUGCCAUCUUGUAAAAGUCAACUAUCAAGUGGACUGAAAUCCGCGUCCACUUCAUCCAAGGGCACAGCAGCACCUAAUAAACCAGAGGGGAGAUCUGGGAUGUCAAAAAUGAAUAAACCAAUUGGCCAGCCCAUUGACAGGUUCACAAAGCAGAGAUCUGAGGGUGAAGGGCAGAAAAAUGGCCGAGUCCCCUUGCGAACAUCAUCAGGGCCAGCUAGCAGGCGCACUUCCAGACCUGUCUGUGUUGGGCAAAAUGCUGUGGCUGGGCUUGGAGGGAAAACCAAGACAAAUGCUCCACCACAAGAAAUGGGUAAAAAAAGAACAAGCGCUCCAGUGAUGUCCCAGACAGCGCCACAGCCUGCCAGGACCAUCAGCUAUACCGGUCAGCCCAAAGACACAAAGACAUCAAAAAUCCCCACCAGGGCCAUUCCCCAGACUGAGGGAAAGAAGCCGACUGCUGCACAGGAGGAGAGAAUGAGAAAAUUACAGGAAUGGCGGGAAGCGAAGGGCAUUUCCUACAAGCGUCCUCCAAUGGCGGUGAAACCUCAGGUCAGGCGCACUGUGGCGGUGCCCCAGCCUUUUUGGAGCACCAUGAAGGAGGAAGAUGAGGCCCAUUCCCUCAUCUGUGCUGUGGACAGAUCCCUGGCUGACUGCAUCAAAUUGCUUGGAGAGGGUUGCCCUUCAGACCAGGUGAAGGAGGUUCUUGCACGGCUGCCAGCGGUGUCCCAGAAGUUUGCCAAAUACUGGAUAUGUCGGGCCCGCCUGAUGGAACAAGAGGGCAGCCUGGAUGUCCUGCCUAUGUUUGAAGAGGCUGUUGCUGUUGUGUUGGAGCCAGUGGACGAGCUGCGGGCUGUGGUGUUUGAGAUUUUGAAGAAGAAGGAUGAGAUCCAAGCAUCUAAAGAAUGUGAGACAGAGGAGGACCAAAUUCCAACAGGUGAAAGCACUCCUGACAGUUUCAACAACCCAAUGAUGACUCCUAAACCUGUCAGAGCUCUAAUCUGUGGAGAGAAAGGAAACUCAUCUGUAAUCAAGUACAAGAUCACAGCAACUCCUGGUGGUUCUCAAACCCAACAUACUCAACCGGCACGGGUAAAUGGCCAGGAGGUUCGCUUCUUCACCCCAGUGAGACGCUCCGUGCGAAUCGAGAGAUCCUCCCUCCGAUACCCUGCGUCCCUCCAGGACCACGAUCUGUGCGUGGCCUCCUACAAUGACCUGAUUUCCGAGGAGGAUAACGAGAGAAGUGACGAGAGAAGUGAUGAGCAAGACGGCGGGGAAACCAGCCCGUCUGCUCACAACACACCGAUGUACGUCUACAGACAGAAUGAAGCACUUCAGGACAAAGUGUUCGUCCAGCUUGUCUACGACGAAGACGUUUAGGUGCUCACUUCAUCCUCAACAGUUUAUAGUUGAGGAAAUGUCAGGUGUAAAUUUACAUGCAUACUUUAAUGUCGGAUGAAAAGAAAGUGCUUUGUCUUUGUAAGGACUUUUUAUAUCGCUCCCGCUUGCUAUGAAGAAAUGAUUGGAUUUAUCCUUCUGGUCCAUUAUUUUAUUCCAUCAAAUGUGUUGUAAAUAGAAAUGUAAAAUAAAUGUUUGGUUUUUUUUUAAACAUA